AUGGUUACGGAUGCUGUGGAUAGACAAGUAAUUCAAGAACGAAAACGCGCGUGUGAGACUGCUGAUCAUCCGGCAACGAAUGAUCAGGAUGAUUACGAGUUUUGCGUCAUCUGUACUGCCCCGGAUAGUAAGAUUCGUGAUGUUGAGGGUGAAAUUACGCAGAUUCGUGCUGAUAGUACUCGUCAAUACUCACGUGUGACAAAAUUUUAG